AUGAGGGUAAAUCACUUCCUUGGAAAUACUUUGGAAAUAGGAAAACCAGAAGUUGGAUUUGUCCAAAAACGCGAUGGGAAAUGCCUGGAAGCUGGCGUGCCCGAAUAUGUUGCAAAACCUACCUCGUACGGGUAUCACUCUUGGGAUCUGGCUCAGGAGGUCAAAAUCAUUGACUUCGGAGAGUCAUUCUUGCACACUGCUCCCCCUGAAACACUACAUACACCUUUAUCUCUUCGGGCACCGGAAGUUCGAUUUAAAGGUCACAUUGAUUAUCGCGUUGAUUUGCGGAGCAUAGGCUGCAUGGGGACGUCAUGGCCACAGAAAGCACCGGCCCAACUUGCAGGAAUGGCUGGAAGAGUAUACUUUGAUGGCCCGCUGAAUCCCGAUUUCACACGAGAAGACAUAGUGAGGCUGGCACAAAUCGUUGGAAGGUUAUUGAAUUUUGAGCCGUCUGCAAGAGCGUCAGCGAGACAAGUUCUUGGUGACCCUUGGUUCAAUGAGUGA